AUGUUUAAUUCUCACACGAUGCCGACCGACAGAAUCAAAAGCCAACAAGCACACGAUGAACACAAACAUACGAAAAACGCUUGCCAUGUCAUGAAAAUCACCAACUACUUAGAAUGUGAAGAAUUCCAUUUUGAACUCAAGGAAUGUCCAUUGAAAAUUGAAUAUAAAUUUCAAAUUUUAUUGAGAUUGCAUACUCCCAUUGUUGCAUUUUUCAUUCAGUAA